AUGAUCCCACAAGUAAAGACAACCUAUGGGAUGCCCUUAAUCAAUGCUGGAAUAACCUUAAGCCAGCAGUACUUAGAACACUUGUUGAAUCUAUGCCAGGAAGAGUUAAAGGCUUAAAGUUUAAAAUCAAAAGGAGGUCACACAAAAUAAUGUUCACUUGGCUGAUAUGAUAUAAUCACUGUAUACAAAUUUCCAUCUACAAAAACCUGCUUAUAUUUUAAGCCUAAUCUUUGUUUUCAUUGUCAUUUAGGUGUUGGGAUGCCUUACCCUGGUUAGUCAACCUCGAGUGAGUCUGAAUGAGUUAGCAAGUGGUGAACAACUUGUACAGUUACUGAAGAUGUGUGUGAUGUCUGAAGGUGUCCCAUCCAGUAACUGGAGUUCAGGAGAUCAGUGGAUUAGACACGCUUCUACCACGUUAUUGCAAGAUCUUGUAAGCGGUAAGUUAAAUGAAUAUACAUUGUAUUAUAUAAGUAUUAUAUAAGUAUUAUAUACUUAUAAUAUAUAAACGAUAUUGAAUUUGCAGUAUAACUUGUUUAAUUUGUUAACGAUUUCAGAAUUGUAUUUUAAACUUAACGCAUCAUUUAUUACUUCAGUUAAUGUGGAUUUACGACCACCACCAUUAAAACCUAAACCCGAAGCAGCAGAGACACCGGAUAUCAUCAAGACUGCUAGCGAACGGCCAUCAGAGACCUCGGAAAUCAUCGACACACUCACGACUGUUGCCGAACCAGCAGAGACCUCAGAAAUCAUCGACACACCCACGACUGUUGCCGAUCCGGCAGAGACCUCGGAAAUCAUCGAGACACCCACGACUGCUGCCGACCCUUCAAUCGGAGAUAUCCCGGAGACCGACGAACCUGGCGAUGAUUCGUUCGCCGAUUUCGGAAUGUUCCACGACCUGUUCGGCGAUUUGUCCAUUAGCUCAGAAAUUUCCGAACCCAAAGUCUCGGAAAACACAGUCCCCCAAAUCAUGGAAAUGAUCGUCGCUAAACCCAAAUUAACUGCAAAGACUAAAGACACUAAAGAAUCACCCGUUGUUUUCUCAACUCUGAUUGUUCCUGUUUUAACUACUGCUGAAAUAUCAACGGCCGAAGAUUGUAGACUUGAAAUUAGUCUUGAGAUGAAAGCCGAACAGGAACUGCGCCGUCUGGCUUUCACUAGCCGCCAGCGGUUUUUGACUGGAAUGGAUCUAAAGUCCGGGGUCGAAUUUCCGGGUAUCGCAGUUGCUGGCUUCCCAGGUUCGGGGAUUGAAAGUUCCGGUGGUGAGAGUUCCAGUGGUGAGAGUUCCGGGGUUAGAAGUUCCGGGACUCAAAGCUCGGAGGGUCAAAGUUCCAGUGGUCAAAGUUCGGAGGGUCAAAGUUCCGAGUGUCAGAAUUCAGACGUUGAAAAUUCCAAGGGACAGAGCUCUGGAGUUCAAAAUUCCAAGGGGCAAAGUUCCGAGGUUGGGAGUUCCGGGGUUAAAAAUUCCUUGGUUGGGCUCCAAAAUUCAGAUACGCCGUAUUUAGAUAAUGAGGAAAAAGAACAUGGUAGCACAAAGACUUAUCAUUUCGUAUCACAGUGUAUUGGAAAGCUUAUUGUUGAUUCAUUCAAGGGAUGUUACGAAGUAGAGUCAGUUAUAGAAUUGUGUUUAUUGUUAAACGAUGACAGCAGUCAAUCAUUCUUAGUUACUCUGCAAGCCAUGGAAGCUUCCCUAGAAGGGCUUUCUGCCGUAGAGGGGAAAUCUGCCCGGUACUGGAACCUCGCCAUUAGUUGGCUCAGAAUGUUACUACGGCAAACUCAAUAUGUGUCAGUCAGCGGUGACUCCCAUACUGACUACGUCACAGCCACGAACCUUGUUGGGAACUCGUGUUUUCCUCGCGUGAUCGGGAAGAUGUUGACCACGUGUGAUAUGGGGGAUUCUGGGCAGAGUGUGCUGGGACCUUCUUUAGUGAAGAAUUUCAAGUUGUUAUUAAAGGAACUUUUGACUAUGACAUCAGUAGAACAUCAUGGGAUAGAUACUUCAAAGUUCCAAGAGGUCCUCCUGGAUACAUUGUUGUACAUGACUGUCCAAAGGUGAGACAUUGGUUAACCUCUUUCCUGCACUAAAUCAAUGAUCAAACAUCCUGUAGCUUUAAGACCCAUUCAAACGAUUGUACCAUUUCGGAAAAUCAUCCUUCUGUAGUCAGAUGAGUUUUGUUCUGCCAUUACAAUACUGCAUAAACAGCUUGAUUAAAAGUUUUGAGAUUCAGGAACACAACAAACUAGCAUUCUAAGCAAUGGUAUACAUGCAGUUGUAGGUCAAUUUUCCGUCUGUCGUGGCUUAAUUGUACGGCUAGUACAUGAGUCAAAUGACCAACCAGUCACAUAGACCUAAUCUGCUAACGGAUGUUUAUGUCCCUUCUCAAUUGCCACCUAAUUCACAUUUUCGGAUAACUCACACACUUAGCAACUACUGUUCUGAUAUAGUAAGCAUAGAAUGGAACAAAGAUAAGCAAGCAUUUAAAUUGUAUAUGUGAGUGAAUUGGGUGACAACGGUCAUGAACACGCGUAAGCCGAUUAGCUAUUCUACAAAGCUACCUUUGUGAUGAAAGAAUUUGCAAUUGAGAUGUAGUUCAUAAACCUCUCUUUGUUUUUCUAGUGACUCCCAACUUCACUCCUCAAGGUCAUAUCCACUCGAUGUCUGCAUGGCUUUCUUGGAAUUCCUUACACAAAACUUUCCAACGAAUACACCAUUCUCUGAACUGUCUAAACCAGUAAAAGUUGUCGACUCUAUUAUGUCCCUAAUGCUCUCCUACCUAUCUUCAUCUAACCAAGUCUGCUCUGUGGCUAACUCUUCGAAGAAGAAAUUCACUGCUUUAUUUCCAACCCCAGGGUCGUCCCAAGAUAGCUCGAACGAUCCAAGUCGGGAGAAAUUCCUACUACUUUGUCUCACUUUUUUGACAAAGCUAUUUCCAUUAAAUACUGGUCAGUCUAAACUGUCUGACAAUCUUGUCGCCGAGAACUCGACUAUGGAAAAACUACUUGAAUGUUUAAAUAUGUGUCGUGGUGAAUCUUUUGAGCUUCUUGAAAUCGGAGUGAAUAUUGUUUCAGGAGAUUUGUCCGAGGUGCAAGGACUCGAGAAGCCGAGUUCAAUUGAAGAUGGCGUUAUGAAGAUAUUCUGCCUGCUUUACAAGCAUACUCAACAAAGAGAUACAAUUGUGCGUAGUUUGUUAAAGUUCUUUUCAAGUGAUGUCCAAGGUGGUAAAACGCAGCAAGAUUCGUACUAUCAUAUCUCGGAGCUGCUACUCUGGAUUUUACUUAAAUUAUUAGACUGUGAUGUUAAUUUUCAAAUAUUUUGCGAAAAUGGU